GGCUUAACUCAAUCAUCAGUCACCUUGCACAGAGCGCGAGCCAUAUAACAUGAAGGUUUUGUUACUCUUUGGUGUUUUCUUCUGCUUGAUUCAAGGAAACUCAGGGGACAUACCACCUGGAAUCAGAAACACCGUGUGCCUCAUGCAGCAGGGCUACUGCAGGCUCUUCAUGUGCCGUUCUGGUGAGAGAAAGGGGGACAUAUGCUCCGAUCCCUGGAACAGAUGCUGCAUACCCAGGUCCAUUAAAGACAGAAGAUAGAAGACUUAGGUUGGGAGACCUGGGAUGUGGGGUGCAAACUCCUGGAAGGUGGAGACCUGGAAACACCCCAAAGGCUUUCUUUAUGUGUGAUGGAUGGCGCAUGCUCAGUAAACACAUGCUGAAUAAACCUAUCACCGAGGCAAAGGUCCGAUGAAAGGAUUUUAU